CGUUAGUGAUUCUUUCGCUUUCGUAGUGACGUCAUCAACGUGCGACGAUGCAAGAUUUACCCGACUUCUUCAAAGAAACAAAAAAGCGAUGACAAGUUUAAAACAGGCUUUAAAAACACAUUUUGGGUUCAACAAUUUUAGGUCUAAACUCCAGGAGGAUGUUAUCAAAGCGGUACUUAGAGGUGACAGGGAUGUGUUUGUGUGUAUGCCCACUGGAGCAGGAAAGUCUCUUUGCUAUCAGUUACCUGCAAUGCUGUCGGAGGGAAUCACUCUGGUUAUAUCCCCGCUAAUCGCUUUAAUCCAGGAUCAAGUGGACCAUCUGAAGGAGCUGAACAUCCCCGCCUGCUCCAUCAACUCCAAACUCGGCAUGGGCGAGCGCCGCCUCAUCCUGGCCGAUCUGGGCAGCAGCAGCCCCAAGCUGAAGCUUUUGUACAUCACUCCAGAGAUGGUGGCGUCCCCCUCGUUCCAGCCGUGCCUCACUGACCUGUGCUCCCGCAGCCUGCUGUCCUACCUGGCCGUAGACGAAGCUCACUGCGUCUCCCAGUGGGGCCACGACUUUCGACCAGACUACCUUAAGCUGGGCGAGCUGCGAGCUCGCCUGCCGGGAGUUCCCUGCUUGGCUUUGACGGCAACGGCGCCCAAGAACGUCCAAGAAGACAUCACGAAGUCGUUGAGGCUGAACUCGCCGCUGUCGUUUGUGACGCCUGUUUUCCGCAGCAAUUUGCACUAUGAUGUUAUCUUCAGGGACCUACUACCCAACCCGUACGUUCACCUCCACGCCUUUAUUAAGAAGGCUCUAGCAAUGGAGAACGACUCAAAGGGACAGGGCUGCGGGAUCGUCUACUGUCGGACCAGAGAAGGCUGUGAAACUGUGGCCUACCAGCUGACCAAGCUUGGUGUCUCGGCCAAACCAUAUCACGCAGGUUUGAAAGCUGGAGAUCGCACAGAAGCGCAGAACGACUGGAUGCAGGGGAAGGUGCUGGUUAUCGUCGCCACCAUUAGCUUCGGUAUGGGAGUAGAUAAAGCUAAUGUCAGAUUUGUAGCUCACUGGAAUCUGGCUAAAUCCCUGGCCAGUUACUACCAAGAGUCCGGUCGUGCCGGCAGAGACGGCCUCCCCUCCUCAUGUCGCACCUACUACUCUCCCAAGGAUAAGGAGCAGAUGAACUUCCUCAUCCGACAGGAAGUCGCCCGCAGACAGGAGAAACGCGGCACGGCGAAGGAAUCGGACAAGAGCGCCAUCACCGACUUUGAAGCCAUGGUGCUGUUUUGUGAGCAGGAGAGUUGUCGCCAUGCCUCCAUCUCCAAGUUUUUCGGGGACAAGACGCCAAACUGCGCGGGGGCCUGCGACUUUUGCCGGAACCCCAAGAUGGUGCGGGCUCAGCUGGAGCGAGCGUCGGCGCUCAGCACCAAGACAGGGGCGGCUCAGAGCAGCGAGCCCAGAGGAGCCUUCGGCUUCCAGCCGGGGCUCUACGAAGGGGGAAAGAAGGGCUACGGCUUCGAAAGGUACGACGAGGACGAGGGAGGCAGCGGCGAAGACGACGGCGCAAAGAGGAAGAAGGAGUUUUCGGAGCUCUUUAAGAAGCAGAUGAAGCUGCGGAAGGGCUCUGACGGUCAAAGUGAAGACUUCGCUCCACCAGAUCCCGACUGUCCGCUCCGAGAGGCCGGCAGCCAGAAGAUCCCCAGGCUCACCGUGAAGACCAGAGAGCACUGCCUCUCCCGCCUGCAGGAGGCGCUACAGGGCCAGCAGGGGGCAGGAGGUGCAUUCAACGGUGACAGUCUUUUGUUAGCCGUUGACAUUGAAUACGAAAUCUUCAAAAAAAGCAAAUCCUCCAACUUGUACAAAGCUGCCGUCCUAAAACAGCUUUUAGAGAUGAAAGCAGCUCCUUCUUCUGAAGGGGAAAACACCAGAGAGGACAAGAAAUCCAGAGAAGCUGAAGACGAGGCCUCCUCCUCCUCCUCCUCCUCGUUUACAUAUCCCGCCGAGCUGCAGGGCUUCACCUCCGCAUCAGAGCUGUACUCUAUAAAGCGGAAGAGAGUGGGAGCAGGCCUCAGGGGCUCCUCGAACCCCUACGUGACUGCCAGGGAGCUGCUGAAAACCGACGCGGCGCCCGACAAACGGACGGAGAGCGGGGGGUUCGUCGCGGACGGCUCCAGAGAGUCGAAGGCGAUCGGGGAGGCGGUAAAAGAGAAGAACGCCGCCGGUGCGUCCGCAAUCAGCCCGACUAAAGGAGGCAGAGCCGUCGGCAAGAAGCAGCAGAAGCUGGCAGAGGCAGCAAAGAGCUCCCGCAGCAUCUUCCAGUACUUUCACAAGAAACAGCCAGAGGAGGCGAAGUGUGAGGAAGAGGAGGAAAGAGUUGAUUCAACUACUGCGGAUUCUCAGGAAAACGGCCUUCAGCGGCACUCACCGAGCAGCCCGGCGCCAUCAGACACUCAGGAAACUACAACUGAAGUGAUAGUUAUCACUGAAGAUGAAGAGGAGAAAGUAGUUCAAGAAUCACCCGGACAGGAUGCUAUCGUCACCACAGAAACAACCCAACCUGAAGAGGAAGCUAAUCCAAAAAAGCUUGAAUUAGACCGGGAGUCGCCCCCGCCGCCGAAGCGCAGCCGCCUCGCCGGUGGGAGCAGGAGAGUGACGUUCAACCCCACCGUGCAGCACAAAGUCGUGCAGUCGCACAGCAAAGCGGUGAAGCCCGUGACCCUGAAGGAGGCUGCCGAGGUUGUAGUCCGGUACCUGGACCCCCUGUACACUCAGGGAAAGUUUGCCACCAAGGAGCUAUUCAAGUCUUUUGCUCGCUACUUGUCGCACCUUCUUGCUGAAAAUGUGGGAAAGGAUCAAGUUAAAGCUGAAGCCAAGAGGCUCAUCAAGACCUAUUUCAGCAAAGUCCAGCGCUGUGAGGACGAGGCGGACUGGGGGCUCCUAAAAGCACCGCACAGCAGGAAGUCCACAGAAAACACGGACUAAACUCAACUUUUCAGCCUUUUUUACUCAGUGCCUAAAAGCCUACACAUAAGUUAUUAAAAGUGCUGCUAGAGUUAUUCCUCUUCCAAAGGAUGAACACUUAUGAGAGGAAUGGUUUAUUCUAUUUACUGCAGAUUUAUGUGUAGCUGCGUAGUCCAACUUCUGUCAGGUUGGCUUUAAAUCUCUUCGUCUGGGACCUUUUGCGCUCCAAAAAAAACCUCAAACGGAAGCAGUUAUUCAUCAAGCAGUAAACCGUGGAACAGAAUGGAGUGACAUGACAUUCAGACCUAAUGACGGUGCUACAGAGUCAUUUUCUUCAGGUUUACAUCUCAUUUCCACAUCUCCUUCAAAUUAAAAGCCCAAACUCUUGGAUCUGUAUUGCAGAAUAAAUACAUAAGUUGAAGUAAAUGAAGUUAAACACAUUUGAAAAUUAAUUUUAAAGCAGACAAUUCUGUAUUUAUGACCUCUGAUCUGUAAAAGUUGCUGCUAUAUGUUUUGUUUGCUGAAAAGUUACAAAUGUGAAAAUGAUUGUUUAUUUGUCAGACAUAUGUUUUUUUUUAUUUAAGUAUCUUACUUUAAAUUUAUGAUAGAAUCUGUGCAGAAUAAAUAGUUUUCUUAUUUUUUUAGGUUUAGUGCCUACAAGGAUUGUGAAAUUUCUCACAGUCAAGGAGAAAACCAAAAACUGACACAGAGGCCUGACUGUACUGUCGUGAAGCUUUACUGCGCGUCAAUAAAAGCAAUAAAAUGUAAAACCCA